CUGCGAAUUAUCCGAAGAGCUCGCGGAAAUGGCGACGGUGCUGCCGCUCGCCGUGCUCGCCGCCGCCUCGGCCCCUGCCGCGCCGAGGACUUGCAUCUCCGUCGCCCCAGUCCCCCCGCCCUUACUCGGAACUCGCGUGGGUCUCCUCCUCCGCAGCCCACCGCGGGGCGUCGCCUGCGCCCUCCGCCGGAGGCCCUCAAAGUACAAAGUAGCCAACCUCGUCUCGCGCACGCAGCUUAAUUACGUUACUAAAAUCCAGAGUGAGGAGGAGGUGGUGGCAACGGAAGAUGCCAUGGACAAUGAUGACGAGGAUGGUGCGCUGGAAGCACUUUUCAAGCAGCUGGAAGAAGAUCUUGCGAAUGAUGAUUUAUCUGUCGAUGACGAUGAUGAUGAGAUAUCAGAAGAAGAUAUGGCCAGAUUUGAAAAGGAAUUGGCAGAAGCAAUUGAAGAUGUCGGCGGUGUUGAUGAAUCAGCAGGGGAUUCAUUGCUGAGCUCUGGAGACUAUGGUAAUGAUGAGCAAAUAGACAGAAGCGAAGGACCAGAGCUGAAAACCUGGCAACUCCGGAGAUUGGCUCGUGCACUGAAAAUAGGUCGGCGUAAAACUAGUAUAAAGAAUCUUGCAGGGGAGCUAGGCUUAGAUAGGGCUUUGGUCAUUGAACUUCUCCGCAAUCCACCUCCAAAACUUAUACUCAUGUCUGAUUCUUUGCCUGAUGAAGCCCCUUCUAAACCUGAAGUGAAGGAACUAGAACUCCCUGGUUCAACCACUAUUGAUGUUGAUGAGGUUGGUACCACUGAAAUCGAUCCACAGAUGGAGCUUCCAGUUCAUGUCAUGAGCGCAGAAUGGUCUGCACGGAGAAGACUAAAAAAGGUGCAACUUGAGACCUUAGAAAGAGUCUACUUGCGGAGCAAACGCCCCACGAAUACAAUGAUCAGCAGCAUAGUUCAAGUGACAAACCUUCCACGAAAGACCAUUGUUAAGUGGUUUGAGGAUAGAAGGGAACAAGAUGGAGUCCCUGACCAUCGUGUUGCAUUCAAGAGAUCUCUAUCUGAGACUGUAGCUAGUUCGUAACUUCUUCAGAUAAGCCUUUAUUCUAGUGUUCACAUGGAAACCCUUACGAGCCUGUAAUUUGAACUUGUAAAUUAUGAAAAGUUUUGCAAGCCAAACAUGGAGUAUCUUUAGAUUGUAGCAAUACUAUCAGAUCAGCCAGUGUGACAGGUACAACUCCUAACUGGCACUUGCAUUUAAAUUGGCUUCACACUGGACCACCAUUUUGACUAUUGGCUUCAGUAAAAGUUACUUUGAGGUUUGUUGACCA